UUGGCACACAGAGAAAUGUUGAAAUUUAUUUCAUUGGUAGCCUUAGCCUUCGUGGCCACCUGGGCCGAUCCGAAUCGCCCAAUUAUCACAACACGUGGUGGACAAAUCCAGGGUAUCACCUCAAGAUGUGGUCUACUAUGUACCUACUUUUCAUUCAUGGGCAUACCGUAUGCUGAGCCGCCGACUGGAGAGCUCCGUUUUCGAAAUACGGUGCCGCAUCGUGGCUGGACAGGUAUCAAGGAUGGUGGAGUACAUCGAUCCGCGUGCCCAUCGAGCAAUAUGAUUGGUGGAGGCUUCACAGGAGAUGAAGAUUGCCUGUUUCUGAAUGUUUAUACCAGAGACCUGGUGGGUUUGCGUCCGGUAAUGGUGUGGAUUCAUGGAGGAUCAUUUAGCGGAGGAUCUGGCGAUUCGUGGAUUUAUGGUCCCGAUUUUCUGGUGCAACAGGAUGUGGUUAUUGUUACUAUUAAUUAUCGGCUUGGAAUACUCGGGUUCUUCAGCACCGGAGAUCAGCACGCUCAAGGCAACUGGGGCAUGAAGGAUUGCGUAGAGGCACUUCGUUGGGUGCGUGAUAAUAUCGCUGCUUUUGGAGGUGAUCCAAACAAUGUUACUAUUUUUGGAGAGAGCGCUGGAGGUGUCGCUGUGCAUUAUCUGGUGAUGUCCACGAUGGCUAAUGGUUUGUACCAUAGAGCCAUUGCACAAUCAGGGACUGCUUUGGCUCCUUUUGCCUUCCAAUAUAAUCCACGUGAAAUGGCCCGUCAAGUGGCUAACAUUUUCGGUUAUCCAACUAAUGAUAAUGCAGAACUUGUCCGACGAUUGCGCUACACACCAAAGGGAGAUUUUGUUAGACUCCAACAGGGUUGGCUAGAUAUCCCCAUUCCUCGUGGUUUUAAACCGUUUGAAUUUGUUCCGUCAGCGGAACCCGUCAACUCGCCAGAACCAACAUUCUUUACCGAACGACCUAUCGAUGUUCUGAAAAGGGGAAACUUCAACAAAGUUCCAUUCAUCAUCGGUUACAACGACGCAGAGUCAUUGUUCAUGAUUCGUGAGCAUAUGUUGGAUUCUACUGUGUGGAACGAGUUUACUAGAAAUCCUCAGUUUUUCGUACCACACUACUGGAACAUCCCGCCGAACAGCACAGCGGCUAGUGCGGUGAGUCAAGGAUUCCGAAACUUUUACUGGCAGGAUCGCCCUCUAGGUUCUGGUAUAAUGUUGGAAUGGACACGUUUCCACACCGAUCAACAGUUUAUUUACGCGAUCGACAAAACGGUUCGAUUAACUGCCCAACACAACCCAGGUCAGACGUAUUACUACCAGUUCAGUUUUGACGGCGCGCUAAAUCUUGUCAAACGAUUAAUACUGCUGCACGAUUGGCCCGGAGCAAUGCAUGCCGACGAGCUGCCCUACAUGUGGUCGAUGACAAACUUCCCCGUGUCCCCAAUCCUACCGGGUAACCCAGCACUGACAGUGCGUAGCCGUGUCCUGCGGCUGUGGUCAAACUUUGCCCGCCAUGGAAACCCUACGCCGAACUCGGACAACAAUCUGCAGAAUAUUCGCUGGGCUCCGGUUCUGAACGGAGAUAUGGCCUUCCUGGAUAUCGGCACCAAUCUGGUGACGGGUCAUCACCCAAAUCGGGAACGUAUGGGAAUAUGGGCGGAGCUGGAGCAACGUUACGCCAAUGGUCCUUUCGAGUGGCCGAAGGAAUGAAAUGGGAUGCGGGGAGUGUCAGUUGCUAGUCUAGUUUUAUUCCUUGCAAAUAAAAUAAUGAAUUUUAGUUAAUGCUCACUAUUGUCACAAUAUGUCAU